CUACGUUGACUUGGCGGCCAUACUGAAUAUUGUCUGUUGACAGUUGCAUGUAAAGAUUUGUUUAAGGGUUAACUUAUACUUUGAAGGAAGGUUUAGCGUUAUUUUAAGUUAAAUUAGGACGUAUGUCCUAAAUCUUUAACGCGUUUAUUUCGAUCAAGUCAUGGAUGAAGAUGAACGUCGGAGGAAGGUAGAAGCUGGGAGAGCUAAGCUUGCUAGUUUCAGACAGAAGCGGGCGAAAAGCGACGGGGCGGGGGCGGCGAAAAAGACGCAGAAGAGGAAGGGCCAGAUUGACUCGCAGAAUGACCGCUCGACGGAAGAUCGCCACGUAGAACCAGCUCUUCCAUCUGCCAGCGCCACAGAGCAUAACAACAACACCAACCAUGAGGAGCCUCAAAUGUCAGAGAAACCAGAGGUUCGGCAGAACGAAGCGAAGGAUCAGCCGCUCACCCCCAAGCAUAGUCCCUCCCCUGUGGAUGACUUGAGAGAAGAGGAGUUAGCUGCACUUACUGGCAAAGAGCAGCUCAAGCUGCUACAGCAGGCUGUGGAGAAGCGUAAUGAAAUAAUUGCCAAACUCAGCUCCAACCUGCAGGAGGCACUGGCCAGCAGAGACCAGGUACAGGUGGAGGCACAGUCUCUCGCUGGACAGCUUCAGGCACUGCAGAGGCAGCUCCAGCAGACCAGUGUGGAGUUUCUACGUAUCAAAAAUCUGUCAGGAACUGAAGCCCUUAAUAUUCAGCAGCCUUACCAUGGACCGUCCUCCCAAGAGCCAAACAUCAGUCAUAAGGAAGCGCCAUCAGAGGGCUCGGGAAGUUCUGGCUCGCAGUCUGAUGCUGAAGGCGAAACUGAUGUAGAAACUGUUCUGUGCAAGCUGAGAGCUGAGCUGGAGGAAGAAAGGAAGAACAGCCAGCGAAUAUGUAGCGAACUAGCAGAGGAGAUGGAGAAAAACAAGCACGUGCUUUCUUUGCUGGAGAACGAGAAGCAAGAAAGAGAAGAAGAGCGAAAAGAAAGGGAGGCAGAAUUGCAAAACCUUCAUAUCCAGUUAAGCCAACUUCAAAGUCAGUGCCUUGAGAUGCAACAAUACAAAGAGGAGAAAGAGGUCCUCAACAUAGAACUGCAGGAACUCAGGAGAAGGCUUCAGGAGGAGGAAGAUGCAGGGAAGAGAUAUAGUGAGAAGCUUGCUAGCUCUGCCCUUUGUUUUCAGAGUCUUGAGGAGGAGAUGAAAAGGCUCAAAGAGGAGCACACGGUGGAGGUUGAGCAAGUCAGGCAGCUUUUGGAAGAGAGGGAGAAAGAACUAAAAUUUAAAGAGGAGGAGGUGAUGGGACUCAAAGCGUCUAAGAAUUGGCAGAACCAGGUAAAAGCCGGCGUUAGCUCUGGUGAGACUGUCAGUAUUGAUGAGGCUAAUCUGGAAAGUGGAGCUGACCAGGGCAGUAUGAAUGAAUCAGUGUCUGGAAAUAUUCUGAUGGAGCGCUACUUGUCUUCAGCUCCCCUUGCACACUUGCAGUCUUCAGCGAUAACUGAGAACCUUGACCAGUGCAGUCAGCUGGACAUAUCUGCAGACCGCAGUUUUGAGCUAAAUAGUGAUGUGUUUGGAGAAGAACUAUUAUCAAUUUCCAAACGUCUGAAUGAAGAACACGACGACCGCCAAAACACCUCUAGCCCACAGGACUCUUCGGCUGACGAGUCCAACCCUCAGUGGCUUCACAACUCCGCUUCGGGCAGGAUGGAAAUGAGUAACGUGUCCGAGCAGCAGUCUGAGGACACAAACUUGGAAAAAGAACUGCUGAGUCAGCAGUGUGAGGAGCUCCGUGAGGAGCUGGCCCUUAAGGAGAGAGAUCUAAAUGUGCUAAAGGAGGAAGUAAUCAAGAGUGCAGAAGAGCUUGAGGAGGCAAGGAGCAGGUGGGCUCAAGUCACAGAAGAGCUUAGGGAAGCUCUCCAGGAGCUCGAAGACGAAAAGGAAAUGAGGAGACAAUUUGAGGAGGAGAUGAACUUGAAAGUCCAUGAACAAGACAGCCUUAGGAGCAAACUCUGUGCCUUAUCAGAAGAAUGGGAGCAGGAGAAUGUAGUAAUGUUGACGGUAAAGGAAACUGAAAUCUCUGCUGAAACUUCCCUCCUCGUAUCUGGUACCUUUCCAUCAGAUGAGGAUGAAAAACUGGUAGGGGAACUAAAGGAGGAGGAAACUGCACUCCAGUCUCAUCAAAAACAGCAGGAGCUGCUCGUAUCAUCUCUGCAGGAGAUAAAGCAGACUGCAGAUUUGGAGAGCACAGAAUUCAGAGAUGACAACCAGCUGCAAACAUUACAGGCCAACUAUGAGCAUCUCAUGUCACAACUCGAGGAGACAAAAACUGAGCACAAAGCUGCAUCGACGCUGUUGAGUCAAAGGCCUACAGAGCUUGAUACAGUUUUAAAGGAGCUUGAAACGACACGUGUGCAGAUUUUAAGUGUUCAAACGGAGGUGGAGAGGCUGGAGAAGGAGCUGCAGCAGAGCCUCGAUAGUCUGCACUGUGCUGAAAAAGAGAAGCAUGAGCUAGAGUCUCAGAUCUCCUGUCUGAGAGAGAAACUGACUUGUUCGGAGGAGGAUCGGGCUCAGGCUGUGAAGGAGAGGGAUGAGCACAGCAGAAGAGAAGAAGAGAUGGAUGAACAAAUCAAAAAAAUGGAACAAGUGCUAGAGGAGGAGCUCGAGCAGUUUGAGAAGCUGCUAAAAGCCAAGGAUGUCGAGUUGGCUGAAGUGAAGGAAAAAUGGGAGGAGGAGAGGCUGGAGAAGGACAAAGAGAUUUUUGAUGUAAGACAUCUGUUGGAGGAGCAAAUGAAGGAGAAAGUAGACGAGGUGAAGGCUCUCCUGGAGAAGCAGGCACAGGCUGUGGAGGAGGCUACAGAAAAGCUGAAGGCAUCUCAUCAGCAGGAGAUAAAAGAUCUGAUGGAGAAACAUCAGCAGGAGAUUUCUGACUUGAAUACUCGCCUGGAGACAGAGCUGCUGAAGCAGCGGGCCAGUAUGGAGGAAGAACAGAAGCAACAGAUCAGUCUAAUCAAACAGGUAACUGAACGUGAGCACGAGCGGAUGAUCUCAGAGCUCAGUGCCAAACACAAUGAGGUUGUCAGUCAGCUGAAGACAGAGGUUUCUUUGGAGCUGAGAGAGAGCAUGGAGGCCGCUCACCAGGCUGAACUGCAGCAGGUUCAGGCUCAAAAGGCCAUUGAGCUUGAAGCCUUGCAUCUGAGCCUGACCACAGUCCACAAGUCUCAUCUUGAGCGCUCUCAAGAAAACGUGGAACAGGAGCAGACGUCUGCCCUCAUCAAGGUCCAGGCCUCUAUGCAGGAGAAAUUUGACCAAGAAAUUGCACUCCUGCAGGCUCGCCAUCAGUCAGAAGUGGACCAGAUCAAGAGAAAGAACCAGGAGCAGCAGGAGAGGCUGCUUGAGCUGCACCAUCAAGACAUGGAAGAGUUGAAGGAGCAGUGGGAGACUCGUGUUGCUCAGGAAGGGGCUUCAAUGGAUGAAAAGCAGGCCAAAGAAAUACAGGAUCUAAGAGCAGAGUGGGAGAAAGAUGCUGAAGCCAUGCAGGCAAACUUUCAAACGUCCCUUUUGGAGAUCCAGAACAGCCUCAGUGCCACCCAGGCUGAACUCACCAGCACCCAGGCCUCCCUCACUGAAGCGCAGGAAGCUGCGUCCCAGAAACAGUCAGAGGUACAGGAGACACAAGCCAGGAUAGAGGAGCUCCAAACCUCCAGUAAAGAACAGACACAGAAACUAGAGGAGCUGAAACGAGCCUUGGCUGAGAGAGACGCUGCUGUCUGUUCCCUGGAGGAGGUAAUUUCUUCUAAUAAGGCACUGCUGCAGGAGAAAGAGCAGCAAGCCCUCCACCUACAGGAGAAAGAGCAGCAACUGCAGCAAGAGGUUUCACAGCUACAGGAGGAGAAGACCUUGCUCAAACAGAGCUCGGAUCAGGAAAUCAGUCAGCUGUGGAUUCAGCUGGAGAGCAUGAGGACUAGUCGUCAGGAGUUGGGUGAGCUUAAGGAGCAGCUGCUUGCUCGCUCAUCUCGGGUUGAUGACAUCGAACGCCUAAAGAUGGAGUUUAAUGAACAGAAACGAGAAAUUAAAGAGCAAAAUGAGGCUGAGCUAGAAAGCCUGAGGAGGUAUUUUGAGAAGCGGUUGCAUGCAACAGAGGAGAGUUACAAAGAGGAAAUUGCUCUGCUACAGCUGAAGCUGGUAGAAGGUGCCUUGGAGGACUCUCUGCUUAAAAUUACUGAUGAUGGUCCUCUGUCUCAGUGUCAAGCUCAAGGGGAUAAAGAUGUUUUGUCUGAUACUAUUCAGCUGGAGAAACAUAGGGAAAUGCUUGACAGUUUGACACUUCAGCUUGAGGCGAAACACACGAUGGACCUUUCUAAUCUGCGAUCUUCUUUGACUCUUUCCUUCGAGGAAGAGGUGCAGAAGGUGCGCGCAGACCUCACUGAUCAUUACUAUGAAGAGCUGCAGGAGAUGAAAACUCGUCACGCUCUGGACCUUGAGCAACUCAGAGCCAAACUUUCUGACAGACAUCUGCAAGAGCUCACCAGAGUCCAUUUGGAGGCAGCAAUGCAGGUUGAGGCUGAAGUGGAACACAGGAUAUGGUCUCACACUGAGGAGCUGCAAACAGCAACGACCAUCAUCUACACUCUGGAGAACAGAGUGGCUGCUCUCACCGAGCAGCAUGAUGCUGAGAUCCAGAACAUGCAGAAGAUGAAACAAGAGUUUGCUGAGCAACUUGCCCGUCUUGAGGAAGCUCUUGAACUAGAGAGGAGUCAAGCACAGGAGAAUAUGAACAAGCUGAAAGAAGAGCUGCAAGAGAAGUAUGAAUCUGAGAUCUCUGUCCUGAGGUCACACCAUGAUGAGAUGGCAAAGGAGCAGGCACGGCUUGAAAAAGCACUUCACGAGGAGAAGGAGAAAUUGAAGUCUCUUCAGGAUGCACUGGAAAAUGAUGAGAGCCAACAGGUUCUGUUGUUGAAACAGAAAGUGGAGGCCCAUGACGCAGAGCUGCAAAAGACCAAGGACUGCUUGUCUGUAGAAUUCAAAGAGCUGCUUCAUGAGCAGGUUGAGAUGCAGCUGUGCCAGGCCAGAGAGAGGUUCCAAAAGGAAAAGGCAGCGGUAGAGCAGUGUUUAAUCGAGAAAUAUGAAGCGUCUGUGGCUGAGCUGGAACAUGAGAGAGCAACGCUACUGAACAGACACUCCAAAGAAAUGGACACACUCAAUGCCAAACACAAAGCAGAGCUAGAUUCACUCUGUGCCUCUCACAAAGAUCAGCUUUCAGCUAAAACAUCCGAGCUUGAAUCUAAGCAUAAUGCAGAGCUUGUUGCCUUGGAAGCAUCCCUUGGUUCCAAACUAAAGGAAGACCUUGAACGUCUUGAAGAAACUAAUCGUGCUAAGUUAGAGGCUUUGGAAGCUGAAUUGACUCUUAAACACCAGGAGGAGAAAGAUGAACUAGAAAAGAGGAUGCUGAGUAACAUGGAUACGUUGGAGGCCACCUACCUGAAAGAAGUGCAGACACUACGUGAUGAAAUGGCUCAGCUUGAGGAGAAACAUCGCGAAGACCUGAUUUUCCUGAAUUCAGAACAUAAGCAGUUAAUAGAGAGUCAUACUGCAGCGCAGCUGUCCAUCAGGGAAGAACUGAGGAAAGAACUGGCUCAUGUGCACAUGGAGAAGUUUAAAGCCAUGGCAGCCGAGCUCAGCCAUGUUCACAAAUCUGAACUGGCUGCUCAAAAAGAGGCCUUGGAUACUGAACACUGCAAAGCCCUGGAAACACUCAAGAACCAGGUUUUAGAGCUUGAGCAGCAACACAGCACUGCUCUGCAGGAGCUCUCGCAAACCUACACGGCCGAAAAAGAGCAACUAACCAAACAGCACCAAGUCCAGCUGCAGGAGCUGAAGGGAGUCUCGGCACGGGAACUAGAGGCAUGUCGCAGGGAGCUUGAAGAAGAGUCGUCAAGGCAAAGACAGCACUUCCUAGAAGAGGUGGAGCUCCUCAAAGUCCAAUCAGAAGAGCGGCUGCAGGACAGGAUUAAUCAACUGAAGACGGAAUUUGAAGAGCAGAAGGAGGCGGAGCUUGACAACCUGAGGCGGAGCUUCACGUCUGAACAAGAGGAAAAAGAGCGGAGCUACACAGAGAAAAUGAGCCAACUCACUGCCCAGCUGCAGCAACUAGAUGGUGUGGUGGCCCAGGUACCAGUCAUACAUAUAUUAAGGCCGGUGAGAAUGGAGACCAUGGACACACUCCUUCAACGAAGGGAGCGAGAGACACAGGAGGGAGGGAACCUUCUUAAGAUGCUCACUGAUGACUUACAGACAGCUAAAGAGGAAAGAUGUAAAUUACACCGUACAAAUGAGAAGCUGAGGCAGGUGCUGAUUGAGAUGCUCCGCAGCAUCGUGGCAACAGAAGAACUGAUUGGACAAAAGAUCAGUGCCCGAGCCAAAACGUCUGAGCAGGCGACUCACCAAAGGAGCUCAAGCGUGAACAAAGAGGCACAAGAAUCAGGUAUUUCAGUUGCAGACUUGUCAUCAGAGGAAUUGGAGCUCACCCAGCUGCUCUGUGAGAGUCUCCUGGUUUCAGAUGGUGAGAUCAGUCCUGGUGGAGAAGAUGCAGCUCUAAGUGCUUGCAGCAGGCUUCGACAUACAGUGGACACACUGCUAGAGCUGCUCAACCAAGCCAAUACGCAGCUGGAGCAGACUCACAGUGUUCAUCUUUCUCUGGAGGAAAAGUUUUCUCAAGGCAGAGAAGACUCUGCACAACUCCUUGAACAGCACAAGCGUCUAAUGGAGCAGCUUGAUCAGGAGGCCAAGCUUAAAAGUCAGCUCCAGGUGGAGCUUCACAAAGCAGAAGGUCUUCUUGAAGGCUACGUGGCUGAAAAAGCAGCCCUAGAGGAGUUGCUACAGCAGAAGGAGACUCAAGAGGAGAGGCUUGUGGAGGAGCUAGAGGACCUGAAGGUGAAGCUACACCAGAUGGAGGGCCUUACCGCAGAGCUGGACACCCUCAGAGUGAAGCAUGAUGAGCUGACUGAGGAGCAUGCCAUCCUCCUGCGACAGAAGGAGCAUCUCUCUGCUGGACUUGGGGAGAGAGAGAAAGCUUUGUUGGCAGAGACGGAUCGUUUGUCCCAAGAUAGGCUGGACUUGCAGCGGCAGGCAGAGAAGGACCACCGCUCUCUGUCCCUUCGUCUCCAGACUCUGGAGAGGGAGCUCGAGGAGCAGGAAACCAGAGACCUGGAGACGGAGCUGCACCACAAGACCCACACUGAAGACCUCAACCAGCGUGUCCAAGCACUGGAGAAGCAGCUUAAACAUGACAGGCAGUUUAUCGAGGAGCAGGCUGUGGAACGUGAACACGAACGGGAUGAGUUCCAGCAGGAGAUCCGCAGGCUUGAGGCCCAGCUCAGACAGACUCCUAGUGUGGAUAAUAAAGGAUACCAGGUGGAGAGUUUGCAAGCUGUUAUCAAAGAUAAGACAGAGGACCAUUCUUCUUUGCUUGCAACCUGUCAGCAAGCCCAGCGCGAUCUUGCAGAACGCAACGAGGAGAUAGACAAGCUGGCCGGUCGAAUCAGAGAGUUGGAGCAAGCGCUGCUCAACAGUGUAGAGAGUAACAGAUGCGUCAGUCAACUGGAACAAGAACUUCAAAAAGCGAAGCUGAGAGAGCAGGAGCUUACACAAGAUAAACAGGCACUAGAGCAGCAGCAGCUGUCCAGCAGGCUUCAGAUCUCAGCCCUGCAGUCCAAACUGGAUGAGACGAGACACUGUUACCAUGACAACACGCGUGACCCCACCCAGGAGCUUAAGGAUGCCCUAGACACUGCUCAACAGAGUCUACAGAGCAAAGAGCAGGAGGUUGAGGUUCUGCUUGGCCAGCUGGAGACCGUGCAGAGAGACUUGAAUAUAAAGGAAGCCGAAGUAAAACACCUCACACUACAGCUGGAACUGCUGACUAAUUCCAAUGCAGCACAUGUUAAUGAGCUCCAAGAGCAAAUUACUGCCCUGAAGGAAAAUGUGUCUGCCCUGACGAUACUUAAGGAGGAAAAGGAGCAACUUUGCAAGGAGGAUGAAAUGGAUGAAGAGACGCUCCCUUCAGCACUUCUUCAGGAGAAAAACCACGAGAUCGACCACCUCAACAGUGAAAUCCAAAGACUGGAACAGGAACUUGAGAAUACCAGUGAUAACAAGGUUCUGGAAGCUGAGCUUGAAGAUCUGCGCUCACAGGUGGAACAUCUUAAAUCUGAAAUCACAAGAGUGCGCCAAGACAAACAGGAAGAAGAAGAGCGCCUUCACGAGGUAAUCAGUACGCUGCAGGCAGAACUCUCCACCCUGGGACCCAACCUGCAUGAAGUCAGUGACUCCCAGGACGGUGACAGCAUCAAUCCUUCACCCGCCCCCAGCCCCGAACCUCAAAACUAUACCAUCCAAGAACAAGAGAAGAAAGCGGGGCCGAACAGCCUAAAGCAUGAACUCAGCCUGACUCAUUCUACCGCCUCCCGAUCGCUUCGUUCUCGUAUCAAGGCCCUUCAGAGUCAGCUCGAGACUGCAGUGGCAGAGAAAGAGGGACUGGAACGAUUACUGCUCACCCAGGAGGAAGAGUACAGAGGGCACGGGGAAGAAUUUGGAAAGAGGCUAAAAGCUGAGAGAGAAAAGUCAGAUGAAAUCCAAGGUCUCCUCUCCCUGAAGGAAACUGAGCUGGAGGAGGUCACAGCCCAGCUAGAAGAGGAGAGGGAGAAGAGGAAGCUAUCAGAGGAGGAGAGGAACAGCUGGAAAGUUCAAGCAGAAGAGGCAGGUACCCUGCAAGAGGAAAAAGCCCGCCUCAGCUCUCAGGUUUUGGAACUCCAGACUAAUGAAGAGGAGAGGGUGAGAGAGAUCGAAACUCUAAAAACAAAGGAGAUGGAGAUGAAAAUGGAAAUGGACAUCCUCAGGGAAAGCAGUCUCACUCUUGAGAGACAAGUCCAGGAGCUAAGAGCAGAGGUGGUCGAUAUGGAGGAACAGGUGGCUCAGGAAAGGGCAAGAAUUAAAACCCUGGAGACUGUGAAGGGAGAGCUUUCUGCUGAACGUGAGGCACUGAGGAGGAGAGAGGGCCAGCUCCAAGAGGAAAUUGAAAAGCUACAACAGGAAGUGACUUCACUGAGAGCCCUUAUCCAGGACCUGACAGUUAAGCUAAAUGAAAAUGAAACCAGUCAAGAAGAGGCUCAAAAGGAAGUGCUGACCCAUGCUGAGGAGACCUUGGCUAAAGCAGACACUGCCUUGAGACAAAAGGAGGUUGAGCUGUCCAAGCUCAAGGAAGAACAUCAGGCUCUGAGGACAGAGCUGACUGCACUGAGACAGGGUCUGAGUACCAGUACAGAAAGGGCUGAAAAACUGCAUGAGGAAGUUCAGACCAAAGAUCGUGCUCUCAUUGACCUUGAAGCAGACAACCAACAACUGAAGGCAGAACUUCAAAGCGUUCAGGAGGACUUGGCUGCGCAGGAGGAGGAAUUGGCCUAUCAGCAGAGAGAACUGCAGCAGCUCCGACAGCAGAGCCAACAGGACACACUUCAGGGAUACCCACAUAAGGAUAUUUCUGUCAGAGCUUUUGAGGACAUUGUGUCUCACCAUGAAGACUCUCUGAGCUCUCCGGAGGUUUUAAGAAGACUCGAGUGCUCUGAGGACAGAAUCCCUGAACGUUUCCACACCUCUGAGCUCAGUGGCUUGAAUAACACAGGCCUGGACCUCCACCAGGUCAAACCCUCUCCCAGGGUUGUCAUGGAGCCUCCUUCACACUCCAGGACCAUCACCCCAGACCCAGCUACACAGAGCUCCCACUCACCACGCUCUGUGUCUGUGUCUGAGAACUACUCCAUCCUUGAUUCGCUGGAUGCUGAUAAAGUACGUGAAUUGGAAGGACUUGACCUAACCACUCCUUCCUCUCCACUUGGCUCCACCUCUUCCUUGUCGGCACCCGAAUGGGCCAGUGACGGAUAUGGCAGCAAUGUGAGUUCAGAACUGGGUGCUAGGCUGAGACUGGAGUUGGAGCAGACUGAGAGACUGGAUGCUCAGUUUAUCGAGUACCUCCGCUGUAGAGGAGUUGACCCCACUGCUAACACGGACAGUGCUGCGGGCAGUAUGAGCUACAGCGACGAUCUGUUGUCACCUGAGCUUCAGGGACUGUUGAAAAAGGUUUAUCAAGAAAGCUGCAGAAUUCUGACCUUGUCUCAGCGUCGUGUCAAUCCAUCAGCACAGUCUCAUGUGUUGGACUUAAAAGCCUGCUCACUGAGUCUGUCGCAGCAUCAUGCUGAAGAUGGCUCUGCUCUACUGCACCACCAAGAUAAAUCAUCUAAUCCUCCCAUGAGCUGGCAGCAGGAGAAGAGGGCAUUGCAGGAGACUGUGAUUGCACUCCGAGAGCUGCUCUGUCGAAUGGCACAAAGACACACACAAACUGAUGACAGAGUUGACAGUAACUGGCACAGAGAUCAACUGCAGACUGAACAACGGGAUGAAUCCCAACUGAGGGCAGAGCUGGAGGAGAGCCAGAAACAACUAAAAUGUGCACAUGACGCUCAGCAAGAGCAGAAGAACAAAAUGAUGUCGCUCAGGCUGACUAUAGAAGAGGCUGAGGAAGCUUUGAGGAGAGAGCAGGCCAGAGUGUGUGAGCUUCAACAAGAACUGGAGCAGGAGAGGGCUCUAAGUCUGCGUAAAGGAAGGGAGGAGGAGGAAAGGAGAGAGAAUGUACAGGUGUCCUCUGAGAAGCUGAGGUCAGAGGUCAUGUCUCUAACGGGGCAGGUGGAGCAGGAGAGGGUGGCCUGUAGCAACCUGAGACAAGAGCUUCAGAUUGAACAGUCCCGCUGUUUGCUGCUAGAGAAACGCCUGGACGACACUCAGAAGGAGCUAGAAGAUGAACGCAAACGUUCUUCCCACCAACAAGAGCUCAGCUUGCAAGAAAAGACUCGUCAGGAGCUCCUGCUGACUGAAGCAGAAACUCGCUUGACUGAAAUUCACUCGAAGCUUGCAGAUUCUCACAGGAAGCUUGAUGAAGAGCGAGACCGCUGCUCCAGGCAGGUGGAUGAGCUCAGCCGCAGACAUGAUGCCGACGCUGCAAGAGACAGGAAGUUCAUCUCGGACUUGCGCUCCCAGCUAGAGCAAGAGCGAAGGCAAGGGGAGGAGUUGGCAGCUGUGGCGGACAGACUGAGGGCAGAGCUGCUACAGAGCAAGAGGCGAUGGGAAGAAGAGGACAGAACGAGGAGGGAGGAGCUUCAGCAGGAGCAGGAAGCGGCCACCCGAAAUCGUAUCACAAUUGAGACUCUGAAGGAGCAGAAACAGGAAGCACACCGGGCUUUAGAGGUGGAGCGAGAGCAGUCCAGGCGCCAAGGGGUGGAACUUGCAGAGCUGAAGGAGAGACUCCGAGUGCUGAAGGACAAAGAGAGAGAGAGGGAGGAGCAGUGGGAAAGGGAGAAGAGGAAGGAGAUGCAAGAGCAGAUGGAGAGAGAGAGGCGACAGGAGAGGAUCAACAGCAAACUGUGUGAGUUGGAGUUGUUGAGGCAGCAGGACCAGCAGCGCAUGCAGGAGCUGCAGCGCACUCUGGCAGAGCUGGAAAGAGACGAGAGAGAGAUGGCUGCUCAGCGCCUGUCUGGACGAACAGCGGGACAACAACACGAAGCUGAACCUUUCCAGCACCCCCACACCAACCUCCAUACUGAUGGUGGCCAGGCAGGAGUGUUAAAGCAGCACCAGCAGACGCCGUCCAAGUCAUCUUCCAACCUGUUGGAGACGUUACUGAAGGAGAACUCUGAGUUGACAGAGCGUGUGACAUCACUGAACCAGGAGAGGGCCACUCUCAAACACAAACUCGCCUGCCUAGAGCGACAGCUGCGCCGCACAGAGAAUGAGCUCGCCAAGGUCACCGCGGAAACCGAAAAUAGGCCUGUCAACGACAUGUCCAGCCAGAGCAAGCUUCAGCGUUACUAUGAGCGCUACCUGCGAGCUGAGAGCUUCAGGAAAGCUCUGGUGUACCAGAAGCGUUACUUGCUGCUGCUGAUAGGAGGAUUCCAGGAGUGUGAACAAGCCACGCUGUGUCUUAUCGCUCACAUGGGAGCUCGACCCUCACCCCCAAUCUCCUCCAGGCGUAGACCCCUCAGACGAUUUAGGGCUGCAGUGCAAGUCAUAAUUGCGGUCUCAAGAAUGAGGUUCCUGACGAGGAAAUGGCUGAAGGCAAUCAGAAGAUUAUCAACUGGGGUUGUCAAUGGGCAUGCUCCAGGGCCUAAAGCUGAAGUUUUAAGGCAGCAGCAGCAGCCAAGAUCAAAUUCUGACUCGAUGCAGAUCAGAGACAGCAGCGCCGUCCACAUAGACACUCUGUCAGCACUCGUCCCACCCAGCAAAUCGCCCUUCAGGCUGCGCCACAGGUCACACUCCAGUACUCCUUUGGCCUCUGUACAAUUGGGUGGAACAGCUCAGGAUCCAGAACAAUCCCUGACAGAAUAUAUCCGUCAUCUAGAGAAAGUCCAGCAGCGGUUGGUGGGAGCCAGGCAAGUAAACAAGACUCAUUUAUCCCCACCCCCCAAAGAGGAAAGGAAACUACAGUCACCCUGUUCCCCUGAUAUGAUUGGUUAUCGGCAGCACUGGCUGCAAGAGAACGGGACUUGGCUGUACCUGAGCUGCUUGUCGCCCCUUUACCUAUAUGGGCCAGGUUCAUCUGGUCUCCUCCCUGAUCCAAAGUAGCCUGAAAUCUAAAGACUGAAUCUGCCUGCAUAUUGUUUCAAAACUGCUCAUGCCUUACAUCUUGUAGAAAUGUAUAGAAAUGAUAUGUUUCCUGACUUUUACAAUAAAUUAUUUUUUAAUUUUUCGGGGGGUAAUUUUUCUAUCCUGUGUACCUCCAAUAUUUUGAAAGUCACUCUUUAUACACUGUUUCUUAAGCACUGUUUGCUUUGUUUUUGUGCUCUGUAAAUAGUGUUAAUGUUCUUCAUACAUGUUACUAAAUGCACUAGUUUUAUACUGGAAGUCUAAGAUCUACAAAACUUGUGCACCAUUACAAAAAUGUAAACCACGUGCGUGUUGUUUUUAUCAUAAAGUAAAUUAAGUGUGACUAUGAA